UUUUGAAAUCCAAACUCGAAGCCUUGGAUGAUGUCAGUAUUCCCGGUUGGAUUCUGGGAGUAUUCCUACGCAGCCAUUUUCAAUCUACAUUGGCGUUCAUAGCUACACUGCAGGCAGCGCUGAUACAGCACGGGAGUCGUGCAGAAUGGAGAUCGGGGGGCUGCGAUGCGACAGCGCUGUUCACUAAAAUAAUACAGAUAACAAGACGCGUUAAGGUGCAAAUUAACACGAAUAAUUACAGAACCGAGCGCCGUUUACCGGUUAGUCCAAGCUGAGUCCUAAUCCGAAUUGGAGCUGUAUAGGAGCUGUCUUUGUUUGUGUUUUUGUUCACCCGGCGAAUUUGCAAAUACAAGGAGAUUCAACUAAAGUGUCGCCCCUUAUUGCCUUUGAAAUAAAGCAUAGGAAGACGAAAUCGCGUCACGUUGCCUCCGCAGAUUUCUUAAAACGAGCUGCAGGAUUUGGAACGGAUUUUCCAAAGAAAUCUGAAUAUAUUAUUCACGCAUCGUGAGGGACUUUCACUGCUGGAUUUCUAAUUGUUGGAUAAAGCAAGUGGACUCUUCCUGAUUCCUGAUCCUCAUGUGCCAUGUCCACGAUGGUUUACCCUCGAGAGGAGAAGCUGGACAGACUGACUCAGGAUGAGAUCGUGUUAAACACCAAGGCUGUGAUCCAGGGGCUGGAGACCCUGAAGAACGAACACAACUCCAUCCUGAGCACCCUGCUGGGCAGCAUGCAGAGCCUGGAGAAAGAGAGGGGGAGCCAGGAGGCCAGCAGCGUGCAGGAGAAGACAGGGCUGCUACGCAAGAGCCUGGACUCCAUAGAGCUGGGGCUGGGGGAGGCACAGGUGAUCGUCGCUCUGUCCAGCCACCUCAGUGCGGUGGAGUCGGAGAAGCAGAAGCUGCGUGCCCAGGUGAGGAGGCUGUGCCAGGAGAACCAGUGGCUGCGGGACGAGCUCGCCAACACCCAGCAGAAACUGCAGAGGAGCGAGCAGAGCGUGGCCCAGCUGGAGGAGGAGAAGAAGCACCUGGAGUUCAUGAACCAGAUCAAGAAGUUCGAUGAUGACGCCGCCUCCCCUUCCGAUGAGAAGGGCGCUGAGACCUCCAAGGACAGUCUGGAUGACCUCUUCCCCAACGAUGAUGACCAAGGGCAGGCCCAGCAGCACAGCAGCGGCGAGGCUGCAGCCCAGCACGGUGGGUAUGAGAUCCCGGCUCGGCUCCGCACCCUCCACAACCUGGUGAUCCAGUACGCCUCCCAGGGGCGCUACGAGGUGGCCGUGCCGCUCUGCAAGCAGGCCUUGGAGGACCUGGAGAAGACCUCGGGCCACGACCAUCCCGAUGUGGCCACCAUGCUCAACAUCCUGGCACUCGUCUACAGGGACCAGAAUAAAUAUAAGGAGGCUGCCCACUUGCUGAAUGACGCUUUAGCGAUCCGGGAGAAGACGCUGGGAAAGGAUCACCCUGCGGUAGCAGCCACUCUGAAUAACCUGGCAGUGCUGUACGGCAAACGAGGGAAAUACAAGGAAGCCGAACCGUUGUGCAAGAGAGCCCUGGAGAUCAGGGAGAAGGUUUUGGGGAAGUACCACCCAGAUGUGGCCAAGCAGCUGAACAACCUGGCCCUGCUGUGUCAGAACCAGGGCAAGUACGAGGAGGUGGAGUAUUACUAUCGCCGCGCCCUGGAGAUCUACGAGUCCAAACUGGGAUCGGACGACCCCAACGUGGCCAAAACCAAGAACAACCUGGCCACCUGUUAUCUGAAGCAAGGCAAGUUUAAGGACGCUGAAGCUCUGUAUAAAGAGAUCCUGACCCGCGCUCACGAGAAGGAGUUCGGAUCAGUCAACAGUGACAAUAAACCCAUCUGGAUGCAUGCAGAGGAGAGGGAAGAAAGCAAGGAUAAGCGCAGAGACACGGGUGCCUACGGGGAGUACGGAAGCUGGCACAAAGCCUGUAAAGUGGACAGCCCUACAGUCAAUACCACUCUGAAAAGCUUGGGGGCGCUAUACCGGCGCCAGGGCAAACUGGAAGCAGCAGAGACUCUGGAAGAGUGUGCCACCAAGACCCGCAAACAGGGAAUGGACGCCAUCAACCAGACCAGGGUAGUGGAGCUGCUGAAGGACGGGGCCCCGGCAGGGGGGGAGCGACGGCAGAGCAGGGAGGGGCUGAACGGGCCUGGGGGGUCCAGAGGGGAGAACCAGACCGACGGGGAGGAGGGGGCCGAGUGGACCGGGGAUGGCAGCGGUGUCCUGCGCAGGAGCGGUUCCUUCGGUAAGAUCCGGGACGCUCUGCGCCGGAGCAGUGAGAUGCUGGUGAAGAAGCUCCAGGGCAGCUCCCCACAGGAGCCUCGCAACCCAGGAAUGAAGCGAGCCAGCUCCCUUAACUUCCUCAAUAAGAGCGUGGAAGACCCAAUCCAGCAGUCUGCCAGCAGCCUAUCCGAAUCCAGGGGACUGAGCGCCAGCAACGUAGACUUAUCAAGACGCAGCUCUCUGAUUGGCUGAAGAGGGAAGGCCCUCCCCCAGGUGUCCCCGAAUCCCGCCUGACCGAAACGCCAACAUUCCCAUCUUCCGGGGAAAAUAGAAAAUGAAAACAAACACAUUUUUUUUUAAUUUAUUUAUUUUUUUUUAUUUAAAAUGUCUUUUGCCUUUUUGACCCCCCCCCCCCCCAAAAAAAGUUUUUUUGCCAUGACUUGCACAGCUCACAAGAGCUGUCUACUGUAUUUAACAAGUUUUUACUGAAACAACAAAGCCAGAAAGCCAUAAACACAGUACAAAUCAGCAUGCUGCUUGUAUUUAAUAGACCAGAAGUGUUUUUUUAGGGGUUGUUUUGGUUGGAUAGUGGCCCCUAGUGGUGAUUCUGUAUAUUGCAUUGUGACGGGAGCGCUCACUGAGCGUGCUCAGAACGGAGUCACCAGGUUGGUACCAGUCAGUACAGAUUAAAAUGGAUUUUAAACACAUUAGUUACUGCACAGAGUUAAAGACCUCUCUGUUUGUUAGCAUUCAGGUAGUCACCUGGAGAGAGAAAUUGUCAACGCCUUCUUUACUGCCACUAACCAACCAGUUGCUUCCCCCUAUUUGACUGACAUGCCUUGCAGCCAGUAACAUGCACCUAGGAAGGGCGACAGACCGACAAGGCGAAAGUGUGCUGUAUUUAUUUUUAAGUGAUAAAAAAUGUAUAUUUUCUCUCUUCUUUCAGAAAUAGGAAGUUUUUACGAGGAACUACCUAUUACACAGCAGUCUGGAAAUUUCAUGGGAGUUGUGAAUCAUUGAUUCUAUAGACAAAAAUAGCUAGAAUGUGUGCAUCUUUCAAAACUCCACAUUUUGAGAUCAAGAUGGCGAACGGAGCUGGCUUAGUGCCAGUAAAAACAAAGUCUACUGGCAUUUGUUUCAGCCUCUUUGGCUACUUGGCUUCCUGUGAAAAACACACCACAGUGUUUGUUUAAAAGAAAUAUAUACAGCUUAAAAAGCACACACACACACACGAAAGGCAUGAGCCAAUGUGAACGCUUCUCUCCUGCAAAUGUAAUCACUAUCUAGUCAAAUUGUUUAAAACAAAUAAACAUACUGCUGUAGAAUUGUAAAAAGUUUAGUGGUUAGAAAAUACUGUAAUUAUGAUAAGCCGAACCUUGAAAGAAAAGGAGGAGUUGUGAGAUGAUGGGAAUGCUUAUAAACGAUGACUGGAACUGAAAUAAUUACAUUGGAAGCAGCUUCGAUGGAAUGCUAUUGGGGUGCGUUUGCAGAACAUGUCUGUUGUCGUGUCAUUUUUUCCAUGUGUGUAGAAUCUCACACCUGAGCUUGUUAGCUAGAAACACUGGGGGCUGAUCAAGCUGGUAGCAGUAAAACCUGGAAUGGAUCACACUGCUGUGCGAUAGGAGUCUGAUUCUUUACCAAUGGAUUAAACCUUUAUCGUAUUAGCUGACACAGUGCCAUUAAAGCAAAUUAAGCAUGAAAGUUAACCAGAAGAUUAUAAGCAUAAAUGAAUGAUUACAGGGAUUGAAAUACGAUUCCCGUUGCAUAGCAGUUUGAUCCAUUCCUGGUUUUACUGUAUGAGUUUAAUAAGCCACACCUGAGCUUAUUGCCUAUAAACACUGGGUCUCACUUGUUAUAAGACCUGGAAUGGGUGAAACUGCUAUGCAAUAGGAGUCUUAGUUUGAAUGCUCCACAUGCAACACUGCCCCCUAGUGGGAGUUACCGCUUGAUAGCUGGCUUCAGUCUGCAGCAGGGGUGAGGAAUUCCGGUCCUGGUUUUUGUUCCAACUGUACCCUAAAUUAAUUGGUCCAAUUAAGUAAUUAGGGUACAGCUGGAACAAAAACCAGUAGGAACAUGAAAAUGAGCAUUCAACACACGUGGAGGAUAAGACAAUAGACAAGCUCUGAAAAUACUAGCACAUCCAUUAAAGGGGAGUCAGCUUCUAUAGCAAGCUCAUUUUUGGACGGCAAAACUCCCCUUUAAAAGACCCUUGAUUUUCAAAUGCUAGUUCAUUCAAAAACAAAUAUGUGAAUACAGUUGCUUAUAUUGAAUCACACGUGCAUUUGAAUUAUUGUCUGUAUAUAUAGGUAUAGAUGAUGAUGAUGAUGAUGAUGAUUAUUAUUAUUAUUAUUAUUUUAUUAAUUAUUUUUAAAAAAAUUGGGGGGUGCAUAUAGUAUGGCGUUUGUUUACAGCCGACAUGUCUAGUUUAAAACAGAAUUUCUGCAAAAUCAGAUCUUCAAAACCAAGUACGUAUUACCCACUUAAAGGCAUGCAUUUAUUGUGUUUGAUAACUGACAAAGGAUUCUUUAAAAAAAACAAAGAAAAGUAGCCUUGGACACAUUGCCUAAUUAUUGCACCCCUACCUUUCUCAAAAGUUAAAAGCGACCUUGCAACCCCCGACCUAUUGCAUAGUGGUAUGCCCUGACCCCCCUCCCGCUAUGGUUUCUUCUGAUUUUGCAUAAUUCCUGUUGUGAUCUGAAUCUCUUGUCCCUGCAGUGUGGAGGUGUAGCGACGCGCAGGCGCCAGUCACGAUCACGUGGUUCCCAGACCCCAAAGCGCGACUAUUUUAAUAAAAAGGUUCAAUAAAUAUCCAGUUUGCAAAACGA